CACCACUUGGCGGCGACUUCGACGUCUCAUCGACCUUAAAUUUCGGGCUGAUCGACGUCUCCAACCCACACCGUUACGUUGGCGUGCACCACCAGUGUUCGUCGUCAUGAUGGCGAGCAAGAGACUCCCAGCCACACCCAAUGUUGAUCGCGAGAUCAAAAAAGUCAGGUGGACGUCUCUAACCUGUCCGCCCGCAAACCCUUUGACUAUGCUCAAUGCGGAAGAGUCACCCUUCUUGAAACUGCCAGCAGAGCUUCGAAACCAUAUCUAUGAGCUUCUCCUCGGUGGGCAUUUCAUCCAUGUGGAGGGAGAUAAGAGAACAGACUCCUGCAAAACUUCUAGACCGUACAACGAGGCUUCCUGGGCCGAGUUUGCGGGUGGUGGUUCUAAUCUUUUGAGUAGCUGGGGUCAUGACUUUUGCCUGCAUUUUUAUUCCUGUAAGGCCCAAAUGUCUGAAGAUGAAGCUUUUCGACGUUCUCGAGACGCUUCUUUGAACGAGCGACUCUCUGGAUCGGAGGGAAAUUUGAACUACUGGAGGCUAGGAGACCCAUUCCACGUCGAUUCCUGCACAUUGCGACACCAAGCCUGCUAUCCUGAGGAUGACUAUCAGAAGCCAGCUUGGAUGAUGACACCAAGAGAUAGCAAUAGCCGAACCAGACCAAAUGUGAGCCUUAACAGGACUCUAAAUCUCACCUUUCUUCAGACUAGCCGGCAGGUAUACCAAGAAGCCAAGAAGCUCCCCUUUUUUCUCAAUACAUUUGGGUUUAGAAAUGUGCUAGCUUUGCUGUUCUUCCUCUUUCGUCUUGAGCCUUUCCAGGGCAAUGCCUUGGCUACGCUAUGGAUUUACCUAAGAGCUGGUCGCUCUUUCCACUCUUCGGACGCCAGGAGUUGGAACCAGCGGCUCUUCGCGCCCAGCCUCCUUUCCAACCUCCAAGGACUUCGCGUUGUUCACAUCUCUAUCAGUAUCGCUCACACUGGAAUGGGCGAUAGAGGACCUCUCCGUAGCGAAUUCUACGAACCGCACCUGAAUAGCUGGGUUCUUGGUCUCAGUCGCCUCCGAGGUCUUCCUUUAGAGCGUGUGACUGUGAUUAUCUCUGAUGAUCCAGCCUCGAAAUUCGGAAUUGACGGGUACUCAGAUCGUGUUAUGCAGUAUGGAUGGAAUUUUAACCCCGAAACCUGGCUGUUGUUGCGAGAACAGGAAUGCUUUAGUGCAGAAGAGAAGAGGCAGUGGGCAGAGCGAUUACGACAACAUAUCUUAAAAGAGACCACCGAUAUGUAGAUGGCAUCGAGUGUUUUGGGCCAAGUAGAACGUUUCAACCAUUGCCCAUCGAAUAAUUCUUUUAGAUAGCAAUCCUCGAAACCCCAUCCCUUUGCCAACCCAUUGCCAAUGUCUCAGAA